GUACCAUGCAUUGUAUAUUUUUAUCCUAACUUUGACAAGGAAAUCUAGACUAUAAUGCACAGACAUAAGUGUAUAGCAUUUUUAAAUUAGCUGCUUUUUUAGCUGCACAUAUAAGGAUGAAGUUUCUUCCUUCUGGAAUUCUGAUUUUCACAACAAAAUUUUCAGUUCAAAAGAAAAUACAAUUGAGAAAGAAAGCCAGGAUUUUGGAGUUAUAAUCACAGCAUUUCUACAGUCUGUAUCUGAUUUCAGCUUUGCAAAGAGGUUUUACCAUCGUACUUCACUAUGCACCUUGGCUCUGUUGGGUUUUACCUCCACGUCCUCCUCCUCUUCCAUCGUCUGAGCUCAGCUGCCCUGCAGGACGUGGAUGAAGUAACAGUGGAGGUUAUUACUAACAGCAGCCCCUGCAGCAGCACCUGUGGACUGGGGGUUAAAACUCAAACCUUGUGCUUAAUGGAAGAUGGCAAGACAGCAAUCGAGGAAACGAAAGAGGGAACACAGGUGUCGGAGGUGUGUCGUGUCCGUAAGGUGAGGUGUCUGGAUUCGUGGCAGUGUGGACUCAGGACGAUGACUGUGACUUCAGGACAGAAAGUGGAGAUCGACUGUCUGGGAGAAGUGAUGAAGGCAAUCAGGAGGUUCUCCUGGAGGGUGUCGUGGCGCUACGCCCGAGGAAUUAUCAGCUCUGACGACUCUCUCUUUGCUCACUGGGAAGCUCCUCAGCUGUACCGAGUGGUUCUGGACCCUGUCAGAGAGGAAGAUGCAGGUACAUAUCGCUGCGACGUCCAGGAUGCCAGCUUCCGCAGGGUGAAGAGGGCUUACUGGGGCAUUCGAGUUUUGCCUGUUGGGAUUCUCAACCUGGACUAUGAAAGCUCUCAGGCUCAGCAGGAGUCGACUGGAAACCGGCAGAGCCAGACUGUGCCAUGCCAAAGCCCACUUCUUCUUCUCAUGGUACAUUUUGGUGCAAUGUUUUGUUUUAUGGAAUAACAAAACAUUACUGUGUAACUAUCAUUGUAAAGAAUAAAUAGAUAUUAAAAUGCUU